AUAAUGACGUAACUUCCUCCUGCCAGCUGAACGAGGGAAGCUAAUUUGUUAUCCUCGAAAAUGAGUUUGUUUUUACCUAAAUUAACGUGCAAAAAAGACAUAGAUGAAGUUAUCAAAGGCGUAGCAGAAAAAGUCUUAGUUUUGCGGUUUGGGAGAGACGAAGACUCGAUUUGUCUCCAGCUCGAUGAGAUUCUGUCAAAAACUGCCCAUGACCUGAGUAACAUGGCGUCCAUCUACAUCGUUGAUGUGGAUAAAGCUCCCAUUUACACAAGAUACUUUGACAUCAGUUACAUCCCCUCCACGGUGUUCUUUUUCAACGGACAGCACAUGAAAGUGGAUUAUGGUUCCCCAGAUCACACCAAGUUUGUCGGCAGCUUCAAGACCAAGCAAGAUUUCAAGGAUCUGAUUGAGGUCAUAUACAGAGGAGCCAUGCGUGGGAAGAUGAUUGUUCAGAGUCCCAUAGAUCCUCAAAAUAUUCCAAAAUAUGACCUCCUCUACCAUGGAAUAUAAAAUCAACACCUGCACUGUGCAGCGUUAUUAGUAUAAUAAUAAUAAUAACAACUGCUGGGUGAUUGACUGACAACAAAUAGCUUUGAUUUUCAGCCUCUGAGCAAACAUCUAAGGAUGAUUUUAUAUUAAAGCUCAAAUUUGGGGACUUUAGAACGCAAAUUACAGACAGUACAUUUCCUUUUAUUUAUGUUGUCUUGCUAUGUUUAAAGAUUCCCUGUGGAGUUUUGACCACUAUUAAUUCCAUGAAGCAGUGUUUUGUUAUGUGUGUUAAUAACACAUGUGCGUGCAGCGGAGGUGAUACACAUUCCAGCCAAUGGUUUCACAGUUUAGCUCUGAUCAACACGUAACAUGACAGUAAACGCACUAGUUUAAAGGCAUUAUGAGACAGUGAAGAAGGAGACUGCAAGCUAGUAAACAUGGAUGUAAACAAUACAGGUUUAGAAAAUGUUUUAUGUCAAAGGAAAUGCAGUCAUGAUGUUUGUGAGACCUCAAGGAUACACACAAUUUGUCAAUUUGACAAACUGUAAAGUGACAAAACAACAAGAAACUCCACAGGGCACCAUUAAAGAAGAGUACACAAGAACACUGUUUAACAAAAACUUUUGGGAAAAGCUGUUAGUAUACUGAUUUUGAUGAAUAUGGUUCUGCAACUUUAUUCAGAUUUUAUUUAUUUCUUGUGAAAAUGUAGUCAUCAUGAUGUUUCCCGUGGAAAAGAGCUGCAUAUGAGCGUAGUGAUACAAUUCAGUUAUCCAAUGUACAUGCUCUGUUUUUAUAAUAAACUUUUAUAAUUUACAUAA